CUCUCCCGGCGGGGUCUGGACAGAGGCGGCCGCGGCCGAGGGCUAUGAGGCGGGGGAGACGGGGCAGGCCCCACCUCCUUUGUCCUCCCUGCCCUCCUAUUGGUCCGAGUGGGGGGCCGGGGCCGGACACCGGCGCCGGGCCGGAGCGGCGCGGCUCAGGCUGCGGGAAAGCGGCGCGCGUGCAGUCGGGUGGGUGCUCUGGUCCACAGGCGAGCUCGAGCAGCCAACCCCGGGCGCGUCGGGGCCAUGGACGGCCUGAGCCAGCGCAUGGAGCGCUUCCUGGAGCAAAGGAACCUGGUCACCGACGUGCUGGGUGCGCUGGAGGCCAAGACCGGGGUGGAGAAGCGGUAUCUGGCUGCAGGAGCCGUCACUCUGCUAAGCCUGUAUCUGCUGUUCGGCUACGGAGCGUCUCUGCUGUGCAAUGUCAUCGGAUUUGUCUACCCCGCAUAUGCCUCAAUCAAAGCUAUCGAGAGCCCAAGCAAGGACGACGAUACUGUGUGGCUCACCUAUUGGGUGGUGUACGCCCUCUUCGGGCUGGCCGAGUUCUUCAGCGAUCUGCUCCUGUCCUGGUUCCCUUUCUACUACGUGGGCAAGUGCGCCUUCCUGUUGUUCUGCAUGGCUCCCAGGCCCUGGAACGGGGCUCUCAUGCUGUAUCAGCGCGUCGUGCGCCCGAUGUUCCUAAGGCACCACGGCGCUGUGGACAGAAUCAUGAACAACCUCAGCGGGCGAGCCCUGGACGCGGCGGCCGGAAUAACCAGGAACGUCUUGCAGGCCCUGGCCCGUAGCCGGGCAGGCGUCACCCCAGCGGCUGUGGCCGGGCCCUCCACUCCCCUGGAAGCUGACCUCAAGCCAAGCCAGACCCCACAGCCGAAGGACAAGUGAAGCAGCCCCCUGGGCCUCGCAAGGACCUCCUGGCUGGUGAAGAGGGGGCUGUGCCAGGCUCUCAGGCCUCCACAGAGUCUUCAGCACAUCCCCCGCCAGCAGCCCCCGCCAGUCCCUCGGAUCCAGGCAAGACCCUGGAGGUCUCCUUAAAUGCCACCUCGGGCAAGUCCCAGUCCCAGUCCUCGGCCACCCCCAGCUCUGGAUCCCAGGGCCAGCUGCCCUCCGGCUCUGGCCGUGGCUCCCGCCUGUCCAGCAAGGCCCAGGGCCAGCGUCGGGCACGGGGCAGCUCCCACUGGUCUCGGCAACGCACCCAGCCGCCUGGUACUUCCUCCGGCCCCUCCCAGUCAGCCCUCCCGUCCUCGGGGCCCCUGCAGCCACCCAACGUCACCUCCAGCCCGGUCUCACCCGUGGUCCAGUCUCCCAGCAGCAGCAACAUCCCCACGCAGCCCCCCAGCGAGCCCUCUGGCGAGCCAGAGGACGCAGCCCCCAAGACCAGCGGACAGCGCCAGAAGCAAUCCUCGAAACAGCCUGCCAACAGCGCCUCAGUGCCCGAGCUGGUCCCCUGCCACUCCGGGACCUCUCUAGAGUACACUUCGGAGUCCACCACCGAGAUCACCUGCAGCUGGCCUCACCACAGGCCCCCGUGCCUGCGGCACUACUGGUGCCUGCAACACCUGGCCUGCUAGGAGGCUCCAAUAAAGCUAACCCAGACCAGA